CCGUCGCAGGCCCCGCCCCUCCGUGCUGUCGUCACUUCCUCCUCUGAGCUCCUCCUGCAGCAGCAGACCGCCGCGCUGCUAACUUCUGCUCGUCUCCUCGUACAGACAGUCAUUUACACCCAUCACCAUGUCUGCUGGAAAUGCGAAGAUCGGCCAUCCGGCCCCAGACUUCAAAGCCACAGCUGUAGUGGACGGACAGUUCAAGGACAUCAAGCUGUCAGACUACAAAGGGAAGUAUGUGAUCUUCUUCUUCUACCCACUGGACUUCACAUUCGUGUGUCCCACUGAGAUCGUGGCUUUCAGCGACAGGGCGGAGGAAUUCCGCAGUCUCGGCUGUGAGGUGAUCGGCUGCUCUGUGGACUCUCACUUCAGUCACUUGGCAUGGGUCAACACACCAAGGAAGCAGGGAGGUCUGGGUAACAUGAAAAUCCCGCUCGUGGCAGACCUCACCAAGACCAUCUCCAGGGACUAUGGUGUGCUGAAGGAGGACGACGGCGUUGCAUACAGGGGUCUGUUUGUGAUCGAUGACAAGGGCAUCUUGAGGCAGAUCACAAUCAAUGACUUGCCCGUUGGACGCUCUGUGGAUGAGACUCUGCGCCUGGUCCAGGCCUUCCAGCACACUGACAAACAUGGAGAGGUGUGCCCUGCUGGAUGGAAACCUGGAAGCGACACCAUCAUCCCCGACGUGCAGAAGAGCAAAGCCUUCUUCUCCAAGCAGUAAAUGGGGAAAGAUCUUCUGGCUGACUUCCUAACCAUAGCACUUACCUUCAGAUGAGAUGUGUUCCUGUGAAGCAGUAUCUAAUGGCGUCCAAUCUAAAGUAUUAAACCCAACAAAUCUUUCUAACCUUGUUAGAUUAAUCUUUUGUUGCCGAUCUUUAUCUUUGUACGUCCAGUGUACAAUUGGUGGGGCGACCUCAUAGUCUCAAGCACUGAAACUAUCGUUUUGUUCCAUUUUCAGAAAAAAAAGUAUUGAUAUUUUUCCUUGCUGUAAUUUAAUGAUCUGCUACCAUCUUUAUUAAAACAGUGGGUAAAUUGUGA